UAUAAUGCAUUAAUCGAUUAUGAAAUGGCUAGUCAAUCAAGGGAAGAAAUAAGCCAUAUAAGUAGAGAAAGAAGAAAAUCGGUGUUCACCGAGCCAUAUGAUCCUGAAGAGGAUCCUGAUCCUCAAAACAGAGUUGUCUACCCCAAAACUGCCGAACAAAGAGAGAAAAUCAAAAGUGCUAUAACAGAAACUUGGUUAUUAAAAACUCUAGAAUCCGACGAAAUAGAAGAAGUGAUAGACGCCAUAUAUACCCUCCCUGUAAAAAAGGGUGAUAAAAUUAUAGAACAAGGUCAGCCUGGAGAAAACUUUUACAUAAUAGAGAGUGGUAAUUACGAUGUGUACGUAGCUGCCAAAGAGAACGUUACUCCAUCCAAAAAAGUAUCAAGUUAUAUUGGAACAGGUUCCUUUGGUGAAAUCGCGUUGCUUUGCAAUUUACCAAGAACAGCUACGGUUGUAGCUACGAGUAACGGCUCGCUUUGGGCAGUAGACAGACAAACUUUCAGAAGGAUUGUCAUUCGAAGGGCUUACGAAAAGAGGGAAUAUCACAAAGAACUCCUCAAUGGGUGCUCCCUAUUUAAAACUCUUAAGGACUAUGAGCAGUUUAAAAUUCUCGAUGCUUUCGAUAUCAAGCGUUACAAAGUGGGUGAUUUAAUAUUAUCCCAAGGAGAUAACCCCGAUGGCAUGUAUUUUAUCAAAGAAGGAGUCGUCAAAAUUAUAUUCAAAGAUGGAACUACCAAAAAAGAUUACGUAUUAGCCACCUUAAAGAAAAACGAUUAUUUUGGUGAAAUGGCCCUUUUAAAUAGUAAGCCCAGGUCAGCAUCAGCGGUGGCUCAAACCAGUGUAACAACGGCAUUUUUGGCCACAGACGAUUUUGAAAGAUUGUUAGGAUCCUGCAAAGAAAUUAUGAUGAGAAAUGUAAAGGUGUACGAAGAAAACAUGAAAAAAGCUGUGACCAAACCUGGAGCUUAAAAAAUAAUGAAUAAAUUCAUUUCAAUUGUUGUUAUAUCAAAGAAGAAUUAACUAUAUUAUAAUGAUUUUUAAAAUGCUCAAAACUUUAUCAUUAAAAU